GACAGAAGUGGGGGUGGGGACAGAAGCUCACAAUGACCUGGGCUCUGGGGCAACUUCGGUCCCCACCCGGACCCUCCUCUCCCAACCCAGACGGAGGCAUGUAGGCGCUCCCCGGCAGAUGUCACCCCCUUUUCCCUGAGUCCAGAUCACUAAAUACGUUCCUGCCUAUACGGCUUUCUCUUUACCUGAAUGCUUCCUGCAGGCAUUAGCCUUCUCCGGCUGGGACCAAAUCCUGCUUUGCCCUGGGGUGGAGUUCUUGGACUACAUUUACAAAGAUGUGGCCAGCCGUCCCCUGGGACAGCCUGGCUUUAUGGAUGCAGGCUGCCUGGUCAGAAGGUGGGGGUCGUCUGUACAACGAAGGGCGCUACAAUGCCAGGUUCCGGGUGUGUUCCAAGUUCCACACUCUGUGUGCAGACUCCCAGCGCCACAGCAAAGGCAGGCCUUGGCCGGAGACUGCUGGGGAAGGAGAACUUUGGAGACAUUCCUGAAACUUCCCUGACUCAAAGAAACCAACAGGUCUACCAGCUCUCCCUCCACCCGUCUUUCUGAGAAGAAGCCAUGGCUCUAACCGAUGCUGAUGUGCAGAAGCAGAUUAAGCACAUGAUGGCUUUCAUUGAGCAGGAAGCCAAUGAAAAGGCAGAGGAAAUAGAUGCGAAGGCUGAGGAGGAGUUCAACAUUGAGAAAGGACGCCUUGUACAGUCCCAGCGACUCAAGAUUAUGGAGUAUUACGAGAAGAAGGAGAAGCAGAUAGAGCAGCAGAAGAAAAUCCAGAUGUCUACCAUGAGGAAUCAGGCAAGGCUGAAAGUCCUGACAGCCCGAGACGACCUCAUCUCAGAAUUACUCAGGGAUGCAAAGCUGAGACUGGAUAGAAUUGUGGCAGACCAAGUUAUGUACCAGGAGCUACUGGAUAAACUAGUGCUCCAGGGUCUGCUCCGACUCCUGGAGCCCGUGAUGAUUGUGCGGUGUAGGCCUCAGGAUUCCUUCCUUGUGCGUACUGCAGUGCAAAAAGCCAUUCCUGAGUACGUGAUGGUCUCCCAAAAGCAUGUGCAGGUCCAGAUUGAUCAAGAAGCAUUCCUGGCUGGGAAUGCAGCUGGAGGUGUGGAGGUCUAUAGCGGCAAUCAGAUGAUAAAAGUUUCCAGUACCCUGGAAAGUCGACUUGAUCUCUCUGCCCAGCAAAAGAUGCCAGAAAUACGAGAGGCUUUGUUUGGACCUAAUGUCAACAGAAAGUUCUUUAUAUGACACACUGCAAAGAGAAGCUGGAAAGUGAACUGUUAAAUCAUAGAGUCUUAAAUUAUUCGGGCAAAGGAAGCUAGUAAUGCUUCUCCUCUUUGAAAGCUAUUGUCUUAUCUUUUUUCACAAAAGAAAGCUUUAGCGCUGAAUAGCUAAGGCAUUAUAUUUUGUUAACUUUCCAGUAAAGCUCAGAUUAAUGCUCAGAAA